AUGAAAUUCGAAUCAUUAUUGUCUAAGAUAGCAGCACAGCAGACAGAAAUUUCAAGACCCCGGAUCGACAAUUUUAUAAUUAAGUUAACGCGAGAUUACUUUGCGAAACUCUCUUCAAUUGAGAAUAAAGAAAUUGAAAAGAUCUUGGAAACACCUGAGCAACAGAUCUACAUCACGAACCACAACUCAGCUUGCCUACCACCCCAAGCGUUUAUCUACUUUGACAAAAAAGGCAUCAUACAAGACAGCAACAACGUACCAACAAUAUAUCAUUGGGGCAGAAAUGUAGCAAACAAAAGAAUUAAUUUGACAACUGAUAUGAUUGCUAACAAUAAAUAUGAUCCAGUUUAUUCAAUGGCCUUACCAGAACGAGAUAAAAUGGACUUCUACAGUCUUGAUGAAAGAUACUGGUGGCUAGAGGACUCCUGCCAUCGUAUAAAAUUAAAAUUAAGAAAGCUCAACGGCUGGUCGGCGACGUGGUGA